AUGUCAGAUGGAAAUCCACCAGAGCCUGUAUUAGAAGUACCACAACCACCAACAGAAAUUAAAAUUUUAGAGACAGCUGAAGAUAUACAAAAUAGACGUCAAGAAGUUUUAGGACAUUAUACUCAAUUUAAAGAGUAUGCUAAAGUAAAAAGAGAUAGAUUGGAGGAAGCCCGUCAAUUUCAAUAUUUUAAAAGAGAUGCUGAUGAAUUGGAAAUUUGGAUUUUAGAAAAGUUACAGACUGCUGCUGAAGAAUCAUUUAAAGAUCCAAUUAAUUUACAAGCUAAGAUUCAGAAGCAUGAAAGUUUUGUAGCUGAAGUACAAGCACAUUCCAAUGCUAUUACAAAACUUGAUAAAACUGGAAAUGAUAUGAUACAAAAUGGGCAUUUUGCAAGUGAAACAAUUAGGAAACGCCUCCAAGAAUUACACGCCUUAUGGGAUAAAUUAUUUUUCAAGCUCAAUGAGAAAGGGGUUAAAUUGCAACAAGCAUUAAAAUUAUUACAAUAUAAUAGACAAUGUGAUGAAGUUCUUUAUUGGAUUAAAGAUAAAGAAGCUUUUGUUACAGCAGAAGAUUUUGGAAUGGAUUUAGAACAUGUAGAAGUAUUACAAAGAAAAUUCGAUGAAUUUUUAAAAGAGCUUGGUAAUCAUCAUUAUAGAAUUAAUGAUGUUAAUCAAGCAGCAGAUAAAUUAUAUGAUGAAGGACAUCCUGAAGCUGAAGCAAUUUUUAAAAAAAGAGAUGAAGUUAAUGAAGCAUGGCAUAAAUUAAAUACUCUUGCUGCCACCAGAAGAGAAGGAUUAUUUGGAGCUCAUCAAGUUCAACGAUUCAAUAGAGAUAUUGAUGAAACAAUGAGUUGGGUUGUUGAGAAAGAAGCCAUUCUUACUUCAGAUGACUUUGGAAGAGAUCUUAAUAAUGUACAAGCUCUUCAAAGAAAAUUAGAAAAUACUGAAAGAGAUUUAGGUGCAAUUGAAUCUAAAAUGGAACAAUUGAAAAAAGAGUCUGAGAGACUUAUUCAAACACAUCCAGAUAGAGCUGAAGCUAUUGAAGCUAAAAUGAAUGAAGCUCAAAAUAGAUGGGAAAAUUUGAAAAAACAAGCACAAGCAAGAAAAGAAGGACUUGAUAGAAGUUUCAAUCUUCAACGUUUCCUUGCUGAUUAUCGUGAUUUAAUGCUUUGGGUUUCUGAUAUGAAAUUAAUUAUUGGUGCCGGAGAAUUAGCUAGAGAUGUUGCUGGUGCAGAAGCAUUACUUGAAGCUCACCAAGAACACAAAGGUGAAAUUGAAGCUAGAGAAGAUAGUUUUGUUCAAACUAAAGAAGCUGGAGAAAAAAUGCUUAUUGAAAGUUUUCCAGAAAGUGUUGAAAUUAAGGAGAAAUUAGACAAUUUAAGCAAUGAAAGAGAUUCAUUACUUGCAUUAUGGGAAGAGAAACGUGUUCUUUAUGAACAAUGUAUGGAUCUUCAAUUAUUUUACCGUGAUACUGAACAAGCAGAAACAUGGAUGACUAAACAAGAAGGCUUUUUAAAUAAUGAAGAUUUGGGAGAUUCUCUUGAUGCUGUAGAAUGUCUUAUUAAAAAACAUGAAGAUUUUGAAAAAAGUCUUGCUGCUCAAAGUGAAAAGAUAAAUGCUCUUGAUGAGUUUGCUACUAAACUUAUAAAUGGAAAUCACUAUGCAGCAAAUGAUGUUGCUAAUAGACGUGAUAUUCUUUUAUCUAGAAGAAAGCAACUUAUUGAUAGAGCUGCAUUGAGAAGAAGUAGACUUGAUGAAAGUUUCAGACUUCAACAAUUCGAUAGAGAUUGUGAUGAAAUGGUUAACUGGAUCGUUGAAAAACUUAAGAUUGCAAACGAUAAAUCUUAUCUCGAUCCAACAAAUAUUAGAGGAAAACUUCAAAAACACAUUAAUUUUGAGCAAGAACUUAAAGCUAAUAAAAAUCGUCUCGAUGAUAUUAAUCAAUCUGGACAAGAUUUAAUUUCAGCUGAUCAUUUUGACAAAAUUCACAUUAAAAGUCGUCUUGAAGAUGUUGAUUCUCGUUGGAAUGAAUUGGUUGAUGCUACAGCACUUAAAGGUGCCAAAUUGAAAGAAGCCAACGAUGAACAAUUGUUUAAUCGUAAUAUUGAAGAUAUUGAACUUUGGUUAAGUGAAUUAGAAGGUCAACUUAGUAGUGAAGAUUAUGGUAAAGAUCUUACUUCAGUUCAAAAUCUUCAAAAGAAACUUGCACUUAUUGAAAGUGAUUAUAAUGCUCAUCAUGAUCGUAUUGAUAACAUUAAGAAUCAAGCUAAAACAUUUGCUGAUAUUGAACAUUUUAACGCUCCAACAAUUAUUAAAAAACAAGAAGGUUUACUUCAAAGAUUUGACAAUCUUAGAGAACCAAUAACUAAAAGAAAAGUUAAGUUGGAUGAAUCUCUUCAAGGAAAUCAAUUAUUUAGAGAUAUUGAAGAUGAAUUGGCAUGGAUCCGUGAAAAAGAACAAAUUGCUUCAAAUACUAACAGAGGACGUGAUUUGAUUGGUGUUCAAAAUUUAAUUAAAAAACAAAAUGCAUUAAUUGCAGAAAUUAAUAAUCAUGAACCUCAAGUUGAAUCUGUUGCAGCUGCUGCUGAAGCUAUGGUUGAGAGUGGACAUUUUCUUGCUCCAACUAUCAGAGAUAAGGUUGCAACAUUAAAAGACAAUUGGAGAAAUCUUAAAACAAAGGCUGAAAAAAGAAAACAAGAUUUAACUGAUUCUCUUCAAGGUCAUCAAUAUAUGGCAGAUGCAACCGAAGCCGAAAACUGGAUGAGAGAAAAAGAGCCAAUUGUUGGUAGUAUUGAUUAUGGUAAAGAUGAAGAUUCUGCUGAAAGCUUGCUGAAAAAACAUCGUGCAUUAAUGAGUGAUUUAGAAGCUUUUAAAUCUACAAUUGAUGUUCUUUCAAAACAAGCUAAUUUAUGCAAAUACCAAGAACAACCUGGUGGGCAUUUAGGUAGAGAAUGUGUUAUUGCACUUUAUGAUUACACUGAAAAAUCUCCUAGAGAAGUAUCAAUUAAAAAAGGAGAUGUUUUAACUUUAUUAAAUGCUCAUAAUCCAGAUUGGUGGAAAGUUGAAGUAAAUGAUAGACAAGGAUUUGUUCCUGCUACUUAUGUUAAGAAACUUGAACCUGGUAGUGCUCAUUAUCAACAAGCAAUGGCUGCCAAUCAAGCUAACUCUAUAAACUCUAAGCAACAUUCUAUUGAAGAUCAAUAUCAAAACUUGCUUCUUCUUGGAGAUACAAGAAGAAGAAAACUUGAAGAAGCUUGCAAAGGAUAUCAACUUCUUCGUGAAGCUAAUGAUUUAGCUGAAUGGAUCAGAUCACGUGAAACUGUUGCUUCUGAACAAGAAAUUGGUACAGAUUUGGAACAAGUUGAAGUGCUUCAAAAACGAUUCGAUGACUUCAAGGGUGAUUUGAAAGCCAAUGAAGUUCGUCUUCAAGAAAUGAAUCAAAUUGCCACUGCUCUUAGUGCUUAUGGUCAAACAGAAACAGCUGUUAAAAUUAAACAACAAAUCGAUGAUUUGAACUUGAGAUGGAAAGCUCUUGAAAAGAAGGCAAUUCAAAGAGAACAACAACUUGAUUCUGCCCAUGAAGUUCAACGUUUUCAUCAUGAUAUAGAUGAAACAAAAGAAUGGAUUCAAGAAAAGAAUGAAGCUCUUGACACUGAUGACUUUGGAAGAGAUCUUAGAUCUGUUCAAGCUCUCCAAAGAAAACAUGAAGGUAUUGAAAGAGAUUUGACUGUUCUCGGAGAUAAAAUUCGUACACUUGAUGAGAAAGCUAACAAAUUAAGACAAACUCAUCCAGAAGCUGCUGAACAAAUUUAUGAUCUUCAAAAAGAAAUAAAUGCUCAAUGGACAAGACUUACACAAAAAGCCAAUAAUAGAAAAGAAAAACUUUUGGAUUCAUACGACUACCAAAGGUUUUUAUCUGAUUUCAGAGAUCUCAUGCAAUGGAUUUCUGGAAUGAAUCAACUUGUCAGUUCCAAAGAAUUGGCUAAUGAUGUUACUGGGGCUGAAGCUCUCCUUGAAAGACAUCAAGAAUACAAGACAGAAAUAGAUUCUCGAGCAGCAACUGUUAACGCUUUUGAUCAAUUUGGAAAUCAACUUAUUAAUGCAAAUCAUUAUGCAUCAGAAGAUGUUAAAAGACAUAUGGCUGAUGUAGCUGAAGCUCGUCAAAAAUUAAAAGAUGCUUGGAUUGCUAGAAGAAAAGUUCUCGAUCAAUGUUUGGAACUUCAAUUAUUCUACAGAGAUUGUGAACAAGCUGAUACUUGGAUGAGUGCAAGAGAAGCUUUCUUGAAUCAAGAAGAUGGUGGAAAUGUUGAAAGCUUAAUUAAAAAACAUGAAGACUUUGAUAAAGCAAUUGCUUCACAACAAGAGAAAAUUAAUGCACUUAACAAAUUUGCUAAACAACUUGUUGACAAUGAUCAUUAUUCAAAACAUGAUGUUGAUAAUACAAUCAAAAAAAUUCUUAAAAGAUGGGAAGGCUUAAAAGAUGCUCUUAUUAAGAAAAGAAGUAAACUUAUUGAAUCACAAACACUUCAACAAUUUAGUAGAGAUGCUGAUGAUAUUGAAAACUGGAUUGCAGAGAAAUUCCAAAUUGCUCAGGAAGAAUCUUACAGAGAUCCAACUAACAUUCAACAAAAACAUCAAAAACAACAAGCAUUUGAAGCUGAACUUUCUGCUAAUGCUGAUAGAAUUGCAUCACUUAUAAGUGCAGGUCAAAAUCUUAUAAAUUCUGCUAAAUGUGGUGGUGGUGAAGAAGCUGUUUCACAAAGACUUAAAAGUUUAAAUGAUCAAUGGGAACUUUUAGUUAAAACAACCACAGAAAAAUCAUCAAGACUUCGUGAAGCCAAUAAACAAAAAAGUUUCAUGGCUGCUGUUAAAGAUCUUGAAUUCUGGUUAGGUGAAAUUGAACGCUUGUUAGCUUCUGAUGACUAUGGUAAAGAUUUAGCUUCCAUAGAAAAUCUCUUGAAAAAACACCAAUUAUUACAAGCUGAUAUUGAUGGACAUCAAGAUAAAGUUAAUGAUAUGAAUAGGCAAGCUGAUAUUCUUCGUGAUGCUGAUCAAUUUGACAACAAUAAAAUAGACGAAAGACGACAAUCAAUUAAUAAUAGAUAUGAAAGAGCUAAAGAAUUAGCUGAUGAAAGAAGAGAUAAACUUAAUAAAGCACAUGCUGUUCAUCAAUUUUUACGUGAUAUAGAUGAGGAAGAAUCUUGGAUUAAGGAAAAGAAACUUCUUGUAAGCUCAGAUGACUAUGGAAGAGACUUGACUGGAGUUCAAAAUCUUAAACGCAAACACAGACGUUUGGAUACAGAACUUGCUUCUCACAAACCACAAGUUGAAUCUGUAAGAGAAAAAGGAAUCGAAUUAUUACGUGCUGCAGAUUAUGUUCAUCCAGAAAUUGAAGCUAAAAUGGCUGAAAGAAUGAAAGCAUUAGAAGAAAAUUGGGAAAGUAUUAAAGAUCUUACAGAUACAAGACAAAAGAAAUUAGCUGAAAGUGAAGAUUACCAAAACUUUAUUGGUAAAGUAGAAGAAGAAGAAGCAUGGAUGAAUGAAAAAGAACAAAUUCUUAGUGGUGACAAUUUUGGAGACAAUAUGGCUUCUGUUCAAGGACUUCUUAAAAAACAUGAAAAUUUCCUUGGUGAUAUGAAAGCUCAUGAACAAAGAGUUGAAGAUAUUAAUGUUCAAGGACAAGAUCUUAUUGAUAGUGGAAAUCAUAAUAGUCCUGACAUUAGAAAGAAAGUUGAAAAUCUUAGAACUCAUUUUGACAAAAUUCGUCAAUUAGCAUUAAGUAGAGGACAAAAACUUAGAGAUAGUUCUGCUUAUCUUCAAUUCCUUUGGAAAUGUGAUGUUGUUGAAUCAUGGAUUGCUGAAAAAGAAAAUAUGGUUAAGAGUAAUGAUUAUGGAAAAGAUUUAUCUUCAGUUCAAAAUCUUUUAGCUAAACAAGAAACUUUUGAUGCUGGAUUAAAUGCUUUUGAACAUGAAGGUAUUCAAAGAAUUACUGAACUUAAGGAUCAACUUGUUGCAUCAUCCCAUCAUAAUUCUCCUCAAAUUGAAAGAAGACAUGCUAAUGUAAUACAAAGAUGGCAAGAACUUCUUAGAGAUAGCGCUACUAGAAGACAAACUUUAAUUGCUCAUAGCCAAAAUUAUAAAAAGAUUGAAGAAUUAUUCCUUACAUUUGCUAAAAAAGCUUCUAACUUUAAUUCUUGGUUUGAAAAUGCUGAAGAAGAUCUUACUGAUCCAGUAAGAUGUAAUUCUCUUGAUGAAAUUCGUGUUCUUAGAGAAGCUCAUGCUCAAUUCCAAAAAAGUUUAGUUACUGCUGAAGAAGAUUUUAAACAACUUCAAGAAUUAGAUAGAGUAAUAAAAAGCAAAAAUGUUGGCCAAAAUCCAUACACUUGGUUUACUAUGGAUGCUUUAGAAGAUACGUGGAAAAAUUUACAAAGAAUUAUAAAAGAAAGAGAAAUGGAACUUGAAAAAGAACAUAGAAGACAAGAAGAAAAUGAUAGAUUACGUAGAGAAUUUGCUAAAUUAGCAAAUGAUUUCCAUAAAUACAUUACUAAUAUUCGUACAGAUAUGUUAGAUACUGAUGGAACAUUAGAUCAACAACUUGAAAUGGUUAAACGUAAGGCAAGUGAUAUCAGACAACUUCGAAAUGCUUUACGUCAAAUUGAAGAUCGUGGUGCACAUCUUGAAGAGCUUCUUAUUUUAGAUAAUAAAUAUACACAACAUUCAACAGUUGGUUUAGCUCAGGCAUGGGAUCAACUAGAUCAACUUGCCAUGAGAAUGCAACACAAUUUAGAACAACAAAUAAUAGCAUGUAAUCAAUCUGGAGUAACAGAAGAGGCACUUAGAGAAUUCUCCAUGAUGUUCAAACAUUAUGAUAAGGAGAAGCGAGGCGUUUUGGAUCACCAACAAUUCAAAAGUUGUCUUCGUGCUCUCGGUUAUGAUUUACCGAUGGUUGAUGAAGGACAUCCAGAACCAGAGUUCCAAAGAAUUUUGUCAAUUGUUGAUCCUAACAAUACUGGAGACAUUCAUCUUCAAGAUUACAUGAACUUCUUAAUUAGCAAAGAAACUGAAAAUAUACAAUCAUCUGAAGAUAUUGAAAGUGCAUUCAGAGCUUUGUCUAAAGAACUUAGAAGAUAUGUAACAGCUGAAGAAUUGUAUGCCAAUCUUUCACCAGAACAAGCUGAAUAUUGUAUCAAGAGAAUGAAACCAUAUACUGAUGCUAUUGGUGGAAGAUCCAUUCCAGGAGCCCUUGAUUUCGAGCAAUUUGUUGCUGCUUAUUUUCAUAAUUAA